GUAAAUUGACAUUAUAAAUGCGAUUUGUUCAGUUUUUAAGGAAGGGCAACCUCAGUUUGGGGGUGGAGUUAAAGGAUGGUGGGGAUAUCGUGGAUUUAUGUGCUGGGGAUUCAAAAAUUCCCCCAGAUUUACGAAGUUUUAUUGAAAGAGGAGAGGGGAACUUAAGAUCUGCUCAAAACUUAGUUGAAAAAAGAAAAUGUGUUCUUGCACGAGAUUCCGUGAAGAUAGUGGCGCCGAUUUCUAACCCUGAGAAGGUUGUGUGUGUGGGGAUGAAUUACCGCGAUCACUGUGAGGAACAGAAUGCCCCUGUCCCCGUGGAACCCGUGGUCUUCAAUAAGUUUCCCUCCAGUAUCAUUGGUCCCUCAGAUGAUUUAGAAUAUCCAAUGGAAACACAGAAACUGGACUGGGAAGCGGAACUGGCCUUUGUCAUCGGAAAAGAAGCCCGGUGUGUCGAGGAAAGCAAUGCUAUGGAACACAUUUUUGGUUUCACAGUAGCACUAGAUGCUUCUGCACGUGAUUGGCAGAUCGGAAGAAAUGGCGGACAAGUGCUUCUCGGCAAAGCCAUGGAUGGGUUCUGUCCCUUGGGUCCCGCCAUUGUUACUAAAGAUGAAAUAGGUGAUCCUCAUAAUCUUGGAAUAAGAUGCAAAGUGAACGGAAUAAUUAAACAGAAUAGCAACACAAACCAACUUGUACACAAGUCGGCUGCAAUAAUCGCACAUAUUUCAAGAUUCCUCACUCUGAAGCCGGGCGAUGUGGUACUGACAGGCACGCCCCCUGGUGUGGGUUUUACCAGGAACCCUCCAGAAUUCUUACAGAGAGGCGAUGUUGUGCAAUGUGAAAUUGAUGGUAUCGGGAGCAUAUCCAACAGAGUCGUAUGAGAUGAUCCUACCCAGAUAUGUUUCAAUAUAUUUUAAAUGCAUACGUAGUUCUUCAUUGAAUUGUCAUUUUAUUGCCACUUUAUAAAUGUAUAUUGCC